ACAUAAAAGCUGCGAAGUUUCAAAAUUCUACAAUUUUCACUAUUUCACCAUUUGGUAAAAUGUUUUUCAAGAGUAUCUCUUAUUGUAUUAUUAAUUAAAAUACCAGAAUUAUCCAAAACUAUUGCAAAACGUUAUCAUGGUAUACAAUUGUUAAUAAUGAAAUGGUUGAAUCAAUUUACUAAUAAAUCAAAUGGAUUGGUUAGUAAAAAUAUCAGCAUGGAAACUACACAAACAAUACUGGAUAAGAAUGCAGCUUGUAGACAACCGUUAAAACAACAAAUUAAUCUAAUCAAUGAAUCGCAAAUUCCUACAACGAAAGAAGAAAAGCCAGAAAUGAUAAUCAAUAGAAAGAAAACACUUGAAAAUAAGAAUAUGAAUGUAAAACAAGCAGCGAUUAUUAUCCAGUCAAAUUGGAGAGGUUACUCUGAUAGAAUGAAAAUAAAACGUAUGAAUGAAAGCAUUGGAAUUUUACAGCGACAUUUUAGAGAACGUCAAUUGAAAAAAUUAGAAAAUGAGCAACAAAUUCAACUUGAAAAAGAAUCUCAGAUUAUGAUCACAAAAAAUCGUCAUAAACGUUAUUGUGAGAAGUUAGAAACAGAAAUUAAAUUAUGGUCAAGUUUACCUGGUUGUUUAGUUGAAAAUGAAUGGAAUAAAGAACGUGAAUUAGCUGCUAUAUCUAUUCAACGAUAUUAUCGUGGUUACUAUGUACGAAAAUAUUUGAAAAAUCAACGAGAUUAUUUAAAACGUGAUAAAGCUGCUAGAAUAAUUCAAUUGAAUUUUCGUAAAUAUUUAUCACGUAUAGAAUGUGCAUCGUCUGGAAAAGGUGUAUCUAACAUAGAUUCAAUAGAGAAUAACUUAAUUAAUAAUAAAAAGUUGGAAAUCACUAUGAAGAAAGUUCUCAAAAGUCAAACUAGACAAGUGACAUUAACAAGAAUGAAGAUCGACGCCGAUUUACUGUUGAAUGAGUUCACUGACGAAGAAAAAGGAGAAAAAGAUAAACAAUUAAAAAAUAGAAUAAAACUCAAGAAAACAACAGCACUAAAUGAAAUAGUUGAUAAACAUAUUGAAAAUUCUGAUAUAACUAAUGCAUUUAGUCAAUUCACUUGUCGAGUUCAACCACUGACACGUUUAGCUCGAAUGGAACAUCAUGAUAAAAUGAUAAGAAUGAAUUUAAACAAAUCAUGGUGGAAUAUAUUCAUGGAUGAAUGGAGACAGAAACAAGAUGAGUAUAUACUAUCGUAUAAUAAAAAUUGCUCAAAUUUGAUAGAUACCAACGUUACUAAUUUAAAUGUUGAUAAUGAUGAUUUAUCAUGGUUACCUGAUCGAUUUAUUGAAGAAUUGGAGAGUCGGGAUAUUUUUCAGUGGUGAAAUAUGCCUUUUUCUUUGAAUUAUAUCUUUUACUUAGGGUAAUGCAUACGAAAGUAAAUUAGAUUGAUCAGAAUUGAUUUUAUUGCUAAGAAAAAUCAUAUGAAUUUCAGGAACUGAAUUCAAUAUGUUGUACUUUAAAUUUUUGUACACCACCCCGGUGAUAACAGAACCUGUUACCUGAUGUUACAUUCCAACAGUGGAUUAAAAUGUUU